AUGCUUUGUUUACGUAGAAUUAUUUUUUUAAAUUUUCUAUUUAUAACAGCAACACAUGAAUUAAAUAAUUUUAAGCCUUUAAAUAACCUUUUAACUCUAAUUACUAAUGAAAUAUUUUCACAUGAACAUAUCACAAAAUUAAAAGAUAGAUAUAUGGUUGUGUUUAACUGCCCAUUUAAUAGCAAAAAAAAAAAGACUACAUUUCCAUGCGUCAAAAGAAUCUUGUUAAAGGACAGUAAGAAAUUAUUUAAUAUAUGGAGUAAUAACUUACCUAAAAUUCAUAGAAACAAAAAAUUAGAAAAAGAAAAAGUUUACACUGAAGCAGAACAUAUAAUGAUAAAAUAUGGAAUGAAUAAAAAACUAAAUUAUUUUGAUUUAUCUUCUUUCAACACAUAUUGUUCUUUUUAUAAAUUAUAUGUAAAUGACAUAUUUUUUAAUAUAAAUAAAAGAAUAUUUAACUAUUUGAAAACAAAAGAAAAAAGAUAUUUUAUAAAGACCGAUCACUUAAACAGUGAUCCUUUAGAAGAAGAAAGUUAUAUAUAUAUAAUAGGAGAUAAAAAAGAAAAAUUUCAGAGAGAAAAAUAUAAAAUUCAUAAUAUUGUUAGCAAAAUAAAUUAUUUUUAUGUUAUUUUUAUGAACAAAAUAUUAUAUCAUACUUUUUAUUCUGUGUUUACUAAUAAUAAGCAUUACAUCCUUUAUAAAAAUGAAAUUAUUUAUCCAUUUAAAAUUCCUAAAGAUGAUAAUCUUUUAAAAAGUACUGAUAUAAAUUAUGAAUUAUAUGACUUCUAUUUGAUAGAAAUUUGUCAUUCAUUAAAUGGAAUAACAUAUAGACAAAAUAUAAAUGGGGUGUUAAAAAAAUUAUCUAAUAUAUAUUUUAAUAUGGAAUUAGUUCCUUACAAUUUUCAGUUAGCCCCUGUAUUCUAUCACAUAGUAUUUAUAAUAACUUUUUCACUAAUUAUUACUUAUUUCUUUUAUAAGAUUUUUUUGAAAUAUAAAAAUUAUAUUUGA